AGUAAUGGCAGUAUCGAUGCAUGAGCCAUCGAUCAUAGGCCGCCGCGAAACCUUGCUAUUACAAAAAGCACCCUCCCCGGAAGCAGUAGCUCCUCCGGGAUGCGCAUGCCGCGGCUGCCCCUCCUCCUCAAGAUCGCCGCGGCGGCGGCCGCCGGGGCGCUGGCGCUCAUUGUCGCGGCGCGCCUCCGCCGGGAGGAUGCCGUGGCAUCCCUCCGCAGGGAGAUCCGCGAGGCGCUCGCGAACCUCGUCGCCGACGACGAGGACGGCGACGGCGACGGCGGCGGGAGCGCCAAGGAGGACGCCUCGCCGCCGCCGCCGCCGUCCGUGCUGGUCACGGGGUUCCGGGCCCACGGCAAGAGCUCGCUGGUGAACACGGCGUGCCGCGCGCUGGCGGCCGAGGACGGCCCGCUGCUGCUGCGCGCGGAGGCGUCGCCGCCCGGCGGCGGGACCGACGGGCCCAGGCGGCGGCAGAGGGUCAAGGCCGUGGUGUCCGGGGCCGACGGCGACGGCAAGGGGGACGGCGACGUGGUGGAGCUGCUUGACGCGCCGCCGCUCCCCGAGGCGGUGAGGCUCACGAGGGAUGACAUCGACGCCGCGAUCAGCGGGGGGAACCCGGAGUGCGUGGUGCUCGUGCUGCGCUGCGACGCGCCCGCCAAGGAGCGGAACGCCGCCAUCAAGCGCCUCCCGGAGAUUUCUGCUGCCGCCAGGAACAAAGGGCUUAAUUUGAUCAUUGUAUUGACUUUUAAGAAGGCCAUGAGAUCAAUUAGGCAUGCUGAAGAGCUUCUACGGGAGGUUUCUUUCAGGGCCCGAACUGAUUGUGUCUACUUCAUCGAGAACUACACUUGGAGCAACAAUGGGCCCAACCUCUGCCAUCCACCUGUCAUCAAGAACAACUUUGAGACGCAUUUCACAGUGCUGACAAUUAUUCGACAGUGUCUUGAGUUCAUCAAGCUAAAUAGGAGCCAGUCCAAGGACAAUAAGAAUGGCAACCAGGCAAAACCAGAUGAGCCCAAACCUAAGCAGGCAAAACUAGAUGAGCCCAAACCUAAGCAGGCAAAACCAGAUGAGCCCAAACCUAAGAAUCCACCAGCAGAAGCUAAGCAAUGCCGGAAAUUCAAUGACUCCAGUGUAAGACUUUUCUUCAACAGCCCAGAAACUUGAAUCUUCAUUGCUUUGCACAGGUAUGGUCUAUUGCAGGCUAAUGUAGAUAUACUUGUAUAGCACUGAGAUAGUCUGACAUGCUGCACCGAAUGUACUAUCGUCCAUUCGUUACAUGAAGAUACAUGUCCUUUUUAUCAGCCAUUGGCGUAUAGUUGAUGUACUUC